CUUCACUUGGGAUCGUGUUUCUUCCACUCAAUGUCUUUUUAGGGAUGAAGCAUAUUUUGCUUCUGUCUCUCCUCACGUGCCUUUCAUUUAGUGUUAGGGGAAAGAUCUUUGGACGCUGUGAAUUGGCCCGGGUGUUGAAGAAAGCUGGCUUGGAGGGAUAUCGUGGGUACAGUCUGGCUGACUGGAUCUGCUUAGCCUUCCAUGAGAGCCACUUUGACACAGCUGUUGUGGACCAUGAAGCCGAUGGCAGCACCAGUAACGGCAUCUUUCAGAUUAACAGUCGCAUUUGGUGUGAAGAUUACAAACACUUUAAACCAAACUUCUGCCGAAUGCAUUGCAGCGAUCUGCUGACUAGUAAUAUCAACGAUGAUAUCGUCUGUGCCAUGCGGAUUGCACGAGGACCCAGAGGCCUGGGAUCCUGGAUGGGUUGGAGAGAAAAUUGUGAAGGUCUACAAUUGUCUGCCUGGGUGAAAGGAUGCAAUCCAUGAGAAAGAGAGACCAAGAGAAAAAGGAUACUGAAGGCCAUGAAAAAUGCUUUAAGAGCCCUGGGACUGUUGCCUUCCUGAAGCUAAACAACCCUUCUUGGAUACAUUUUUUUAAAAACUCUGGACUGUCCCUUACAAGAAGGGUGAUUGUAGCUUGGACUCUCAGAAAGAGAUCUUGUGGUAUAAAAAAGCUC